ACCUCGUCUCCCGACUCCACCACCAACACCCCCGAGCGGGCCUUCUGUCGCCUCUACUGAGGGUGUCUGAGCCAUGGACUCCGCGUCCAUCACGAUGCCCUCUCCUCCGUAUCCUAAUACAUCUAUGCCCCUUACAAAUGGCCACUUGUCGCCUCUCGCCGUCACUGUCACGAAUGCCGACGACAUGGCCUCCCACAGCGAAAGCGAACUCUCCGACAUCAAGGAUCCCAUCGCCGAAGACUUGUCCUCCGAGGACGAACCCGAAGGAGACUCGUACGAUGUACCUAUGGCAGAUGUCGGGACAUCCGACACUUCCGAAGACGAAGAUGCUGAGGGGGAAGCCGAUGGCGACUACGAUUCGGAGACACCGCCAUUUGGUCAGCUAGAAGACAGCCGGGCGCUGAGUUCAUCGUCGGAGGAGGAAAGGAGACCCCCGAAGCGGAAAGCAAGUGUUGAAGAGGACGAGAUAUCCCAGAACCCAGAGCUAUAUGGCCUACGACGAAGCGGCCGCCCUCGUCUCAACCAUCGUCGCAUCGUCGAAAGCAGCGAUGAAGACGAUAAAGCCGCUUCAGAUGUUCGACGGAAGCGGCAGAAGACUUCUUCCCGAAAAGCGUCGCAUCAACCUACUCCUACCCUCCAUUCAACAGCCGAAUCCGAGUCCGAAUCAGACACCUAUGUGGGCGCUCGGCGAAACGUCCCUACCAAGAAGCAGCGACAGCGUCAAUUGCAAGUCGCAGCUGGCCUGCUACCUCCCUCACAUGGCGAAAUACGCUUUUCGGCAAGGCAAACCAAGCCAGUCACCAACUACAAUGAGGACGAGGACGAAGACAUGUUCGAAGAGGACGAUGAUGAGACUACACCGGCCUAUUGGGAGACUGUGGUUGAGGAUACUUCCCCUGCGAUUGAUGUCGUCUUGGACCAUCGGCCGCAAGAAGGGACUGAAGUCGAUCCUGCUAUGGCUACUAAGAAAGACUUUGAAUAUCUUAUCAAAUGGCAAGGGAAGGCUCACUACCACUCCACAUGGGAGCCCUUUGAAACGGUUGCCAAUUACCGUGGCUUUCGCAAGCUCGAAAACUACUUCCGCAAGGUCAUCAACGUUGAUUUGGGUUUUCAGUAUCGGCAGAAAGAAGAGCCCGAGGAGUACGAGAAAUACAAGAUUGAACGGGAGAUGCAGAAGAGUGCGCUUUCGGACUACCAAUUAGUCGAGCGUGUAAUCGGCUCUCGUCAAGGCGACGAGGGCACCGAGUACUUCGUCAAGUGGAAAACUUUGACUUACGACUUCUGUACCUGGGAAGACGCUACUCUGAUUAGCAACUUAUCUCAACUCGAGAUCGAUCGUUACCUCGACAGGUCUUCGAAGUUACCCUCCUCGAACACGAAGGAGUCCAACAUUGCUACACGAAGCAAGUUUGUCCGCCUGACGGAACAACCCGACUAUAUCAAACAUGGCGAACUCAGAUCCUUUCAGCUUCAUGGAGUCAAUUUCCUUGCUCACAACUGGUGCCGCGGGAACAAUGUCAUCCUCGCAGACGAGAUGGGUCUUGGUAAAACCGUCCAGACUGUCGCUUUCAUGAACUGGCUUCGUCAUGACCGAGGUCAAGAAGGGCCCUUCAUCUGCGUGGUGCCUCUAUCCACGAUGCCGGCAUGGGCUGAUACUUUCAACAAUUGGACCCCAGACAUCAACUAUGUUGUCUACACCGGCAAUAAUAGUGCCCGUGAAAUCAUCAAGAGCUACGAGCUUCUUGUUGACCGGGACAACCUGCGAAAGGUGAAGUUCAAUGUUCUCCUCACGACGUAUGAGUACGUGCUUGCCGACUGGCAGUGGCUGUCUCAAUUGAAAUGGCAAUUCCUCGCCGUGGACGAAGCCCAUCGACUGAAGAAUCGCGAGUCACAGCUUUACGCCAAGUUAUUAGAGUUCAAAGCACCAAGUCGCCUUUUCAUCACCGGCACUCCCAUACAAAACACUUUGGGCGAACUGUCCGCUCUCAUGGACUUCCUCAUGCCUGGAACGAUGAACAUUGAUGAGAACAUUGACCUCCAGUCCGAAGAUGCAAGUCGGAGGAUAGCUGAGCUUAGCGACGCUAUCAAACCAUACAUGAUCCGGCGCACCAAAGAAAAGGUUGAAAACGAUCUUCCACCGAAAUCUGAAAAGAUUCUCCGUGUGGAGCUGUCUGAUAUCCAGCUCGAGUACUACAAGAACAUCCUGACGAGGAAUUACGAAGCUCUCAACGAGGGCGUCAAGGGACAAAAGCAAUCGCUACUGAACAUCAUGAUGGAGUUGAAGAAAGCUAGCAAUCAUCCUCUCAUCUUUGCGAACGCAGAGGCGAAGUUGAUCAGUCCGAACGCCAGCAAAGACGAAACUUUGAAGAUUCUCAUCACGACUAGCGGCAAGAUGAUGCUUCUUGACCAACUUCUCACCAAAUUAAAAAAAGACGGCCAUCGAGUCCUAAUCUUCAGUCAAAUGGUGCAAAUGCUUAACAUUCUGACGGACUACCUGAGACUGCGGAACUACGCCUUUCAGCGUUUAGACGGUACCGUUCCUGCGAGCGAUCGUAAGAUUGCUAUUGACCAUUUCAAUGCGCCCGGCAGCGACGACUUCUGCUUCCUCCUCUCGACUCGAGCAGGUGGUCUCGGUAUCAAUUUGAUGACAGCGGACACCGUUAUCUUGUUCGAUUCCGACUGGAAUCCACAAGCAGAUUUGCAGGCUAUGGCUCGCGCUCAUCGGAUUGGCCAAAAGAACCCUGUCAGCAUUUACCGGCUCGUAUCCAAAGACACCGUUGAAGAAGAGAUCCUUGAGCGUGCAAGAAACAAGCUGAUGCUUGAGUUCAUUACCAUACAGCGUGGUGUGACCGACAAGUCUGACAAGGAGAUAUCGGAAAAGAUUGCACGAGCGAAAGAUGCCGUCACUGAACCUACCUCUGCAGAUGAAAUCAACCGCAUCCUCAAAAAACGUGGACAGAAAAUGUUCGAGCAAUCUGGCAACCAAAAGAAACUCGAAGAGCUUGAUAUCGACGCCGUCCUGGAGAAUGCUGAAGAACAUAAGACAGAACAAGCACCAGGUCUUACUUCGGACGGCGGCGAUGAGUUUCUCAAAGCUUUCGAAUAUACAGACGUCAAGAUUGACCUCGAGUGGGAUGACAUUAUUCCGAAGGAAGACCUCGAUGCCAUUAAGGCAGAAGCUCAACGACGCAAGGAAGAAGAAGAGACCAAGAGGUUACUUGAGGAAAGCGCACCCAGAAAGCGCAAGGCUGCAAACCAAGAUGAACGCGAGCAGCGUGCUGCAAAGAAGCGAGCUCGGGAGAUGCAGCAACAAGCAGUUGACAGUGCAUCUGGAGAUGAGUCUAGCACCGACAACGAUCCCAAGCGGCCUCUCAGCGGCAAGGAAACCCGAAACCUCAUCCGAGCAUACGAGCGUUACGGUUCACUUGAUGAUCGUGGCGAGGAGAUGAUUCGAACCGCGAAACUUACCGGUCGCGACCCCGAGGUCUUGAAAGCGACGCUGGACGAUGUCAUUGCCACGAGCCAGAGACUUUUGAAAGAAGAGCAGACAAGACUAGAGACAAUAGAGAAGGAAGCUAAGAGGGUUUUAACAAAGAAGGACAAGAAGGCAGUACUCUUCGAUUAUCAAAGUGUGAAGCGGUUGAACGCUGAGACGAUCAUGGAACGGCCAGUCGAGAUGCGCAUGAUUAAGAAGGCAACGGAGGCUGCACCUGAUUGGAGAAACUUCCGCGUUCCUGAUGCCAUCAAGCCUGCCAACUACACUUGUCCAUGGGGUGCGCGAGAAGACGGCAUGCUUUGUGUGGGCAUUGCACGACAUGGGUAUGGCGCAUGGGUUGCUAUUCGAGACGACACCGAGCUUGGCAUGGCGGACAAGUUCUACUUGGAAGAGCAUCGCGUCGACAAGAAGGAGGAACGUAGCAAGGCUGAAGACAAGAACGCGAAGUCGCCCGGAGCAGUCCAUUUAGUCCGCAGGGCCAAUUACCUGCUGACUGUGCUCAAGGAGCAGACUGGAGCGAAUCCCAACGCCAAACGACUCAUUGAGAAUCAUCAUCGCAACAACAAGAAGAAUGCGCUCGGUCGACGGACUGAGAAGGCUCCUGCUGGGUCUGCUAGCCCUGCGUCGAGCAACAACGUGCGCAAGGCUCCACGUGAGUCCGAGAAAGCUCGGAUGCGAGCGCAUAGCAACGCGGAGCACCGUCACAGCGAGAGCCGUGGCGACAGUCGAUCUCAUGAGCACGGCGUCAUGGAUCAUCGUCACCGUCUUUCGGAACACCACCCUCGCUCAAGUAGUGACCGGAGAGGACCGCAGAACGACCGAGUCGGUACGCCUGAAAGCAAGCGAAAAGUCAGUGACCAUGGCGACCGGAUCAAGCACGUCAAAAGUGAAGAUCAGAGUUCGAAGCACAGGAACUCUGAGGAGCGUCACCAUCAGCACCACCGCAGUCUGGACUCGACGCCGAAUGGCAUCGUGAAGCCGGAGCUGGAUGAGUACGCAAACAACAAGCUUCGGGGGAUUCGUGACCAUCUCGACCGUCUUAGCAAGGCAAACGCGAAGACGUAUCCGAACAAAGAGGGCCUCAUCAAGGUUCUCAAGAUGGAGCUGAUUGCGGUUGGGAACUUCAUUCGCGCAGAGUCUCGGGACCAGCCAAACCUCGAGAGUCGAUUAUGGGAGACGGUCACCACUAGGUACUGGCCGAACAAGAAGGCCAACGUGGCUCAAAUCAAAGGGAUGUAUAACAACCUUGUCAACAAGGAGAGCGGCAAGCCUCCUGCCCCUAAAGCGAAUGGACAGUCCAACGGAGCAGCAACGAACAUUUAGGGGGCAUUUUCUUUCCUGGUCAUACAUUGAACGGGUGUUUCAGCUUCUUACAGGCGGUUUACAUCUGACGAGUAGCAUAGCGAUGGUGUUGGUGAUUUGGUUUCCGGGACUUUCUUCGACUCUGCAUGCAUGAACACGAUCACAUCGGGCGGCGCAGGCAUGUCAUGGCGAUAGAGCUUUGGCUCUCACAUCGUCUCUCCUUCUCAAAUCUGUGCGGGCGUUGGCAAGCGCACUAAAAUAUGGCAGAGUACGACAUGCUGUCGCUAGUACACUGAAUCAAGGCGGAG